ACCCUUGACCUCUAGUUAGUUGUCAUGACAAAAGACAAUAAUGGCUGUGGAAGCUGCCAUUUUCUCUCUCAUAGAGUCUGGAGACAAAGAGGAGCUACUGGCAAAACUUCAAGAGUUGGAGGAUGCACAGAAUUCACUCUCUUAUAGGAACAAUCAGGGAAAAACUGCAUUAGACUUGGCAGCCCUACUGGGGAAGGCUGAUUGUGCUCAAGUCCUGGUGGAGAAUGGAGCAGACCUUAACAAAGCCAACACUUCGGGCUACACUGCUCUCCACCAGAGUGCUGCCUGGGGGCGACUGGAGUGCCUCAAGACAUUAGUUUCACUGGGAGCAGACCACCUGGUGCUCAACCAACACUCUGAGACUGCCAGGACCAUAGCUCUGAGAUACGGCAAAAUAGAGUGUAUGGAAUACCUGGAUGCAGUAGAUUCAAAAUGCAAGCUCUCACAGGCAGUGAAGACAGCAAAGAACACUCUUGGGGACAGUGAGAAAAUCAGUGGGAAGUGGAACAAAGACGACAGGUCAAAGGUUAACGGACUGUGCAAUGAGACAAACGACUGGUUACAGUACAACCAAGAUGCACACAGCAGUGCUGUCCAGCAACAGAUAACUGACUUCGAGGCUCAUUUUGAACCAUACCUAGCCAAACUAACGCCACCAGAUCUAAAUAGCACUUAACGUUUGUGUUGCCCUGGACAUUAUUUCAUGGACAUGCAAUUCAUGUUGCUACAGUUGCAAUAAUAAUAAUAAAUGAACAACUUGAGUGUGAUGA